UAAAAAAGCAUCAACCAAAAUAUAUUAGCAAAAAGAAGAAGAAACAUGAAAAACAAAUUCACCCCAAUUUUGGUCCUAUUCCUUUGUAUCAACUUGGUGAAUUGUGGAUACUAUAAAUCUAAGAAAAUAGUUCCACAUCAUCUUCCAAACAAGGUAACUCACCUUCACUUCUACUACUUUGAUAUUCACACAGGCAAUAAUCCAAGUGCUGUUAUUGUGGCACGUCCCAACCAAACAAAUCCUAAGAAAUCUUCAUUGUUUGGUACUGUUUAUGCUAUUGACAAUCCUCUUAGGGAAGGUCCUGAAGAAACAUCAAAUGUGGUAGGAAAUGCACAAGGUUUAUAUGUUUCAUCUAGCCAAACUGAAGAUGUGACACUAACUAUGUAUGUUGAUUUUGCUUUCACUUCGGGUGAAUUAAAUGGAAGUUCCUUUAGUGUUCUUUCGAGGAAUCCGGUGAGAGAACCGACGAGGGAACUCGCGGUGGUCGGAGGAAGAGGAAAGUUUAGAAUGGCCACUGGUUUUGCUUUGAUCAGGGCUCAUUUUCUUAAUGUUACAACUGCUGAUGGGAUUAUUGAGUAUAAUGUAACAAUUUUCCAUUAUUAAACUAAAUAUCACAUGUUAGUGAUGAGCUAAUAAAA